UUUUCCUCUCGGUCUCACCACUCGCUACAUGCAGUAAUUUAAGUUUUGACGCCUGAACAAAAGACUCAUGUCGAAGUUUUACUAUGUAUUCGUAUACUCUGCUGCUUCUGCUGUUUUGCUUUAUCAAUUAUAGCGAAUCCCCUCCUGAAGGAAACAAUCUUAAACAUGUGACGGAAAAGAAAGGAGAAAACGUCACACUGUCGUGUGAAUCUGAUGACAGAGAGAUUACUGUAGUUAAAUUAAGCAGACUCUCAAAAAACAUCCUUGUCUGUGAGAAUGAAGAAUGUAAGAGUGAAAAUGGUCGAGUGUGUAAAGAAGGAUCAUGUGACGUCAUCAUCAAUGAUCUGAUCUACAGUGACGCUGGGAAAUACAUUUUACUUGUGUACUAUUACAAUAAUGAUCAGAGAGAAGUGAAGCGACAGAUCAGGGAAUAUCAUCUUCAUAUCCAUGAUGAGAUCUCAGUGAAGAAAGGAGAGGAUCUGAAGUUGGAUGUUCUGUUGAUCAACGCUGAUAAAGUGGAGAGAAACUCUCGCUCCGGCUGGACAGAGGUGUGGAGGAGAGGUCACGGGGUCAGAGGUCACGGGGUCAGCAGUGAUCGACUGACCGUCAGUGACCAGACUCUGAUCAUUCAUGACUUUACAGUCACUGACACUGGAACAUACAGAGCUCUGGACUCUAAUAAUGAAGCCUUGAUCACAGUCACAGUCACAGAAUCUAGGACAGAAUCCAAGGGAAAACUGGACAACACAGAUGAUGACACUGAACAAAUUAGUGUAUGGUAUUGGAUUUCGAGUGGUGGAAUGAUUGUGUAUGCGGUUCUGCUGGUUCUGACUCUGAUUACACUUGUAGUUAUGUAUGAUGAAUCCUCCUAAAGGGUUGCAAUCAAAUAAACUGUACAUAGUGUCCAGUUGCAGAAUCACAGCAGUUUCAGACCAGCGGCGCUAGAACCGCAGCCUCAGGAUGGAAGUGUAUG